AUGACUCUACGGUUUCGCGGAUCCACAAAUUCGCACUCCCACAAUCUCUCACUUAUACGCUUUCAAGCCUCCACGACACGAAAGUUCUAUUCUUCGACGCUUCCACGGUUCAAUGAAUCUACGGUUCCGCGUAUCCACAACUCCGCACUUCCACAAUCUCUCGCUUCUACGCUUCCAAGACUCCAAACAUCAAAGAUCUAUUCUUCGAAGCUUCCAUGGCUUAAUGAAUCUACGGUUUCGCGUAUCCACAACUUUGCAUUUCCACAAUCUCGCUUCUAUGCUUUCAAGACUCAAAAGCUUCAAAGAUCUCUUCUUCGACGCUUCCACGGUUCAAUGAAUCUACGGUUCCGCGUAUCCACAACUCCGCACUUCCACAAUCUCUCGCUUCUACGCUUUCAAGACUCUACAAAACCAAAGUUCUAUUCUUUGACGCUUCCACGGUUUGAUGACUCUAUGCUUUCGCGUAUUCACAACUCCGCACUCCCAAACUCUCUCACUUUUACGUUUUCAAGCCUCCACGACUACAAAGUUCGAAUCUUCGACGCUUCCACGGUUCAAUGA